AUGACCACAACCAACUUCAAAGUCGUUCUUUUGGGCGAAGGAAGCGUGGGUAAGACCUCGUUGGUGACGCGGUAUGUCCAGAACACGUUCAAUGAGCGGCACGUGACUACUAUCCAGGCCUCUUUCCUCACAAAAAGGCUCAACGUAGACGGCAGUCGAGUCAACAUUUCCAUCUGGAGCGUGGGGGCGAAGCACUACGACACUUCUGCAAAGCUUAACAAGGGACUCGAGGAGCUGUUCCUCGACCUCACGAGGAGGAUGCUGGAGGCGAACAAGGACGGCGACAGCGGCAGAGGGGCGGCGAAGAAGGACAGCAUUUUGAUCGACUACGAGGAGUCCCAAAACACAGGCGCCGGCGGCUGCUCGUGCUGA